AGAGUAAAAGAUAUGGUUGUGUGGAUCGUCGUUGGUGUCUUGUCAUCUCUUACAUGUUUAAUCAUGAGCUGGACAAUGGUUUUGAAAGGGUACAGAAUGAUAGCCUUUAUCCUACCGCCAGUUCCGGGACCGAAGAUAAAAGGCAUAGAUACACAUCUGUUAGAGACAGGAAGGUCUGAAGAAUUAUUGAGUGCUCUUGGUUGCCAUGGUUUCCCUCCAACAUCGGACUGUGAGGAACUACUGAUAGAAUAUCUGGAGGUAGAGGACAGUGAGGAUCAGCAACUGAUGCCAAGCCAUGACAAUCUUCAUGCCAGUAAAAAUGCAAAAAUGAUACCCAAGGAAACAGACAGCGACUCAGGCCGAGGGAGCUGUGAUAGCCCUUCUCUGCUUUCUGAGAAGUGCAGGGAGUCCCACACCCUUCCAUCAACACUUCAAACAGAAGACCUAAGAGAUGUUCAAGAAAAUAAAGGAGGAGCAAAAAGCUGGGAAACUCAGUGUAUAGCCUCAGAACAGAAAAUACUCCUUUUUAACAAUGAGAGUACAAAAGCAUCCACAUGGCCUGCUCAGUUACCUAAUAAUCAGUCUCCUAUGUUUGCCUACCAGAGUACUGUAGAUGCGCAAAAGAUAACACUGGGUAACGCAAAUGUGAACGUUGCACAAGUUUUGAUGAGAAAUGAAGAAAGGCAUCAGUCACAAUAUCCUAUCAUUGAAACUGCCCACGAUGACAUGGAAAAGCAAAGAGAGAUGGAGAAUUUGCAUUCCAAAACUCACCAAACCACAGUACAGGUUAAACAAAACAGACCUAAUGACAAGUUAAAUUUUUUGAAUCCUAAACUAAUGGAUUAUGUAGAAGUUCACAAAAUCAGACAAGAUGAGGAGCCAGCAGUAUUACUGAAACAUAAAGAAAAUAGUGGAAAGAUGGAAAAAUACACUGUUCCGGGAAACAGCAAAGAAUAUACCAAGGUCUCAACAGUUGUGGACCAUAAUAUUCUAGUAUUAAUGCCAGAUUCACGCAUCCAGCACACAUCUGUGACUCGAGAGCCUGCCAUGAAAACAUCUCAGAGCCUUCAGCAAAGUCAAGCUGAGAAAAGUAAAAGUUUCUGUCUGACAGUCCCAAGUGAGUGCAAAAGAGAGAUGAGUGGAUUGGAGUACAUGGACCCAUCUUCCUUUAUGCCCUCCUUUAAAUAACUAGUAGUUAGUACAGUACAUACUUAGUUA